UUUGUGUACAAAUCAUACAUUUUUACAUAUGGUAAAUUCAAAACAGGUAUGUUAUUUUAUAAGCUGACGAAAAUGAAAUAAAAGGCAACGCUGUGUUCUAAAUUUUGACAUUAGAAGUUAUCAAGUAUUCCGACUAGGACAACAUAUUUAUUGCCGAAGGUGUAGUAAACGUGCAAUAUAAACAUUCAAAACACAGGAUGAGUUCAAGAGUCUUGAAAAAAUUGCAAGGAGGAGCUGGUGAAUUGGAAUUAGUAGAUGACGGCAUAGAUGAAGACCAGGAACAAGUUUCAGAUGACGAUGACCAGGAAUCAAUUCGAGGCAAAGGAAAGCACUUAAAUCCAUUUGAUUUAUUGAAUCAACAAAGCUUCUCUGAGAGCGAAGUGAAGGAAGAUGACAAUGAAACUGAGCAUGCCUCCGCUACAGCCAAUGUUCCUGCCGGUCCUGCAGCAUCUAAGAAAAAGAAGAAAAAACGCAAGAAGAAGACAAAAUACACUGGAAAUCAUAUAAGCAGUGAAGAUAAUGAGCUUACUGACAAGUAUAUUAGUGACAUAGACUCUCUAAUUGGUAAAGUAGCUGACACGUCUGCAAAAACACAAAAGACAAUACCGCCACGUAUAGAAAUUUGCAAAUCUUUACUAACGGUAGAAUUGAAAAAUUUGAAUCCACAAUAUGAAAUGCGACGCACCUUCGGUAAACGUGUCGUUAGAGUUGAAAACAAACGUGGAAGAAGUAAACUCACAUUAAAAACAACAUAUAUGGUAACUGCAAAAGAAACCUGGCCUCCUGUUAUGAAGAAUAUUAUAAGCAUGAAACCGGUACCGGCACCAGACUUUGACAUCACUAGUAAAGAUACAACAGUUCAGGGAGUGCAGUGGUUUGGCUUUGAACAUAGUCAAAAAUACCAAAGUGUGCAGAAUCAAUUUUUAGCUGCAGUUGAACGCACUGAUUUUGACUUCUUAACUGCUUUAAUACGUAGCUGUCCUUAUCACAUUGAUUCAAUUAUACAAUUAAGUGAUAUGUGUAAAAUGACUGAAGAUUAUAGCUCAGCCACAGAACUUAUUGAACGUGGUGUGCUUGUUUUGGAAACAUCACUUCAUCCUAGUUUCAGUUUAACAUCGGGAAAUUGUCGUAUGGAUUACCGUCGCCAAGAAAAUAGAUGUUUCUUUAUUGUGCUUUUCAGACAUGCUCAAUAUUUGGAAGCUCGCGCUUGUUGUCGCACAGCAUUUGAAUUGUCUAAACUAAUCCUAAGCUUAGAUCCUGAUACAGAUCCUUUGGCGAUAGUGCUUGUAUUGGACUAUUAUGCCAUACGUAGUAAGCAAUAUUCCUGGCUUAUUAAGUACUAUGAAGAGUACGAUGCUGUGCGUAAUUUAUUACAACUGCCAAAUAUGGCUUAUUCCUAUGCGUUAGCAUUAUUCUGUCUUUUAGGAGAAUGUGAAAAAUCUGAUAAAGCUCUAAAAUAUGCAUUGCUCAUGUUUCCGGGUGUUCUACGUCCGUUACUAGAAGAAAUGUCAGUACAAACUGAUAAACGUGUGUUGAGUAACCCGUACUUUUGUUCAGAAAUUUCUGGCUCUCAAUCUCCAGCCUUACAUCAACUGGUUUGCCUUUAUGUUUGCCGUGCUAAAGUAAUUUGGCGUCAACACGAAGUUUUGCCCUGGUUGGAACGUAAUGUCAAUAGCGUGCUUGAUCGCAUCGAGCGCAACGAUGCAAUUAUCACUGAUUACAAUCAGAUACGUGCUUUGCGUUAUGGUAAACCACCGCGACCCAUAUUACGUCAUGUAUUGCUCUCUGAUUUUAAAGAGAAAGUGCCAUUGGCAAGUUUCUUGUCAAAAGAGCACACCACACUUGUAUCGUAUGAUCCAUUUCCACCACCAGAUUCAAUUAAUUCUUAUGAAAGAAAAUCCUCUUCUAGCAGUCCAACAACUGCUACGAAUCGUCCUUUAUCUAUGUUUUUCCAAUCUUUACUACCAACAUUCAAUAUGCCACAUGGACACGUACGUGCUGCUGGAGCUAACAAUGCUCAACCACAAGCACUACCACGAGCUCCUUUAGCUCAACAUGAAGCCGACCCAGGUGAUAGGCAACAACAAUUUAUAGGAUUUGACGAUGGUGAAGGUGGAGCAACUGGUACUGGUGAGGCUGGGACCUCAUAUCAUGAUCUUACGCAAUCCCUACAUAAUAUUGUGGAUGCAAUGCGCGACUUUCUACAUAAUUUCCGUUUAAAUGAGAACUUGCCCGCCGGUGAGAAUGAUGAUAAUGACAGCUCUGAAGAAGACACUAGCGAUUAUUUUGAUUAAAAAUAAUUUAAUUUCGUAAUUAAAAUUUAUGGUAUAAAAUGUAACAUAAAAUUGCUUAUUAAAGCUACGUUUGUUUUAUACACAAGUUUUUAAUUAGAUUUAAAUCCUAGCAGUAGCAUUAAACAUUAAACAUUUCGAUUCUUGUUUAUUAUUUUCUAAAUUUAACGCAAACAAAAUAAAUUUUAGCAAGCACAAGUUAAACUUUUGUGAUUGGUUUUUUAAAGCACUUUUAAAAUACUAAAUAAUUAAUCCUUUAAUAUUGAAACACUUUGUAUAAUAUAUAUAGAUAUAAUAUAUAUAUAUAUAUAUGUCUAAUUUUUUUUAAUACCUGAAUAUUAAUAUCUUAAAAUAAUAUGCAAUAUAAUCUACUCGCUUAAAGUUUUUGUCAAACAAAA